UUAUAAUAAAGCCGACUCAACCACCUUAUCGCCGGUCACCGGAGCCAACAACCCUCCCAAAGCCCCAAAGGUCGCAUCGCAUGCAAGCUGUGCUCAUCGCCGCCAUGGCCGCGCAGACUAUCCUCUUCGCCGCCGCCGCUGCGCCGCCCGCCGCCCUCUUCUCGACUCCUUCCUCUGACCGCCCCUUCCACUCGCUCCGCCUCGUCUCCGGCCCAGGGGGCGCCGCUGCCGCCAGGGCGCUCGUCGUCGCCGACGCCACCAACAAGGCCGUCGCCGUCCUCAAGGGCACAUCCGAGGUCGAGGGCACCGUCACGCUCACACAGGAGGACGACGGUCCUACAACAGUGAACGUCCGUAUCACUGGGCUUACUCCUGGACUUCAUGGCUUCCACCUCCACGAGUUUGGAGAUACUACCAAUGGGUGCAUAUCAACAGGACCACAUUUUAAUCCAAACAAUAUGACGCACGGUGCACCAGAAGAUGAAGUUCGUCAUGCGGGUGACCUGGGAAACAUUGUUGCCAAUGCUGAGGGCGUAGCUGAGGCAACCAUUCUUGAUAACCAGAUUCCUUUGAGCGGCCCAAAUUCAGUUGUUGGGAGAGCAUUUGUUGUUCAUGAGCUUGAAGACGAUUUGGGGAAAGGGGGCCAUGAGCUUAGCCUCAGCACCGGAAAUGCUGGUGGAAGACUGGCAUGUGGUGUUGUUGGCCUGACUCCAUUGUAGGUCGCUCGCUGGCUUACAGUAGCAGUGUCACUGUCACAUCCAUGCUACCUUUUGUUUCCAAUCGUGCUUGGGACGGCGCCUUUUUUGUAUUACAUGGAUUUGCACCAUGGUAUGGGUGCUUAAUAGCCUUUGUUGAUCGGUUGUAUCAGAAAAUUAAUGUUUAGUUGAGCAAAUAAGUGUUGUCACAUAUCCUUAUCGAUCUAUGAAGCACUAUGAACAUCAACUGUUUGCUGC